AUGGCAGCCAUCAUGAACGGCGGCAAGCAGCCGUCGUCGAUGCCGCUGCCACCGCACCUUGGCGGCGCGGCGGCGGCUGCCGCCGGAACGUGUUUUUCGGGACGCUACUCGCCGACCUACAGAGCCGCGCCCCCGGACCCCAUGAGGGGAAGGCACUGCGCCAUGGGGAACCCCGCGGUGAUUGCCCCUGGCCAGAAAACGAACGGAGAAUUCAUGGUAAAAACAGAGGCAGACUCGUGGACGUCACGGAAACUCCAACUCAUGGACGAGGCCAUGCCCGAGGCAGAAGCCCACAAUCGGCGUUGGCGCUGUCUAGCAGCGGCACCCAGGUUUCACUACGCGGACAUGUCUCCGGGGCCCGAGGAUCCGGACAACCGGUAUCGCAUGCAGAACCUGGGCAACUUCUUCCCUGGCCUGGACGAAGCCGGCCUGAUGGGCCGCGCCGAGGCCUUGGUGGACAUCAGCAAGCACUCUCCGCCCACGGGCGCCGCCCUGCCCAUCAAGCACGACAUGAUGUACCACGCCAUGGGCCCGCCGGGCCCCGGGCCGGGCGGGCCGCCCAACCCGCGGGGUGCCGGACCCCCUCACCACCAGAUGGCCCACCACCCUUCCACCAUGGACGGUAUAGAUCUUCUCGACCCGCUCUGUCCUUCUUCGCUGCCGGGACCCCUGACUAUGAACGGACCGCCGCCGGACCAAGGGCCCCAUCAGAUCCCCUUGUACGGCAUGGGCGGCUUCGGCGGCUCCGCCGUCCACGACUCGGACUCGGACCCGCGGGAGCUGGAGGCCUUCGCCGAGAGGUUCAAGCAGCGACGGAUCAAGCUGGGCGUGACGCAGGCCGACGUGGGCCGCGCGCUGGCCAACCUCAAGCUCCCGGGCGUCGGAUCCCUGUCCCAGAGCACCAUCUGCCGCUUCGAGAGCCUCACGUUGUCCCACAACAACAUGGUGGCCCUCAAGCCUAUCCUGGGUGCCUGGCUGGAGGCCGCCGAGGCACAGGCCAAGAACAAGCGCGGCGACUCGGACCUGCCCGGAGUGCUUCCGGCCGGCGAGAAGAAGCGCAAGCGGACGUCCAUCGCGGCGCCCGAGAAGCGCUCCCUCGAGGCCUACUUCGCGGUGCAGCCGAGGCCAUCGGGCGAGAAGAUCGCCGCCAUCGCUGAGAAGCUGGACCUCAAGAAGAACGUCGUCCGCGUCUGGUUCUGCAAUCAGCGCCAGAAGCAGAAGAGGAUGAAGUACUCGGCCGUGCAGCACUAG